CGCCUAUGUUUGUGUACCAAGCUGAUCCUGUGGGAGUUCAACUCUUUUCCUAUGUAAGCUGUUUUGUUUUUCCGAUAAAUUUGCAUGGUUACUGUCUACGGGAAUGCAAACGCUCCAUUGUCGUAGAACUUUCAAAUUGCAUGUCGCGUGCAUUAUGACGUAAUUAAUUAAUUAAAUGAUUGAUGUCAGGAAUGGUAAUGAGCAGUUCUCUUGGGUUUUCUACAAUGGCGAAAGUUUUAUCCUCUCUCAAGAAAAUUAUCAAGUCUAUACGAUUAGUUUUUGUGGGGCGUUUUGCAGUAUUCGUCCUGCUUUUGACACAGUGUAGUUUUUUCGCCGCUUAUCCAAUAUGGUACACGGAUAAUCUGCGUUGGAUUGCUGUCGUAACGUUGUACUUUCCAGCGAUAUUUUACUGGGGUCACUGCCUGAAAAUUGGUGCAGGACUUGCCAGAAUGUUUCAUACCUGGGGACUGUUCGUUCUGGUUGCUUUAGUACCCAACAUAGCCAUCACGUUUGGAGUAUGUGGAGACGAACUCGACAACGAAAGCUAUCUCGGCCCAAACACUUUGAAAGUGAUUAUAUGCUUCACUCCAGUUCUGUUCCUCCUUUUACUAAACACAGCAAAAGACUUGGGAGAACACGAAGACUAUAGACAGCUUGCUACGCAGUUGUCUCUUCGCAUAUCCAUUGAUCUGUUCGAUGGAGUCGCCAUGUUGGAUGUGGUACUCGACGAGAGAGAGAAUCACUACGGAAUUGAGAAAGGAUUUGGAAUAAUGAUGAUCAGCGUGGCUUGUUUUAGCUUUGCGUUGUCCCUUUUACAAAUGGUGGAAAAUAAGCUCGAUCAAGGACGCUGCCAACUUCGCAAGAAGCUCGUCAUCAUCCGCAGUGGUAUUCAAAUGGUUCUGGUGAAUGUGAUCUUCUUGAUAAUUCGUCUGGUGAUCUUCAUAAAGUACGGAAAAGAUGAAUCUAUCUUUAUGGCAAAAAAUGGCAUCGCCAUAUUUCUCUCCUUGUCUGAGAUCUAUCAUUUAUUGAACCGUAAGAUUUGAAUCCGACUUGCGUUAACUUCUUUGUCUUAGCUUACACUGAAAAUUAAAAAUUCAUAACGUUUUCUUUACUCCUUUGAAUUUUUGAUAUAGUUACACUUUGGCUAAAAGCUGUUCAGU